GCCGGGCAUCCGCCGGCGAAAAGACGACCUAGUUGGGGGGCGGGUGGCAGCGGGGACUCCGGAAGCCCACCUUUCACCCGGAAAUGGUUGUCGGGAAACAUGGCGUUGCUGGUGCGAGUCCUUAGGAACCGGAUUAGCACCUCCCAGUGGGUUCCGGUAUGCAGCCGAUUGCUACUUGUGUCUCAUACACAGGGACAGUGCGGCAGGCCUCUGUCUGGUACUUCCCAGUGGCCCCAGAUGAGCCAGGCCCUAGCAUGUGGUGGAUCAGUAGUAGACAUUCAGCUAAGUAGGAAGUAUCAUACCACAAAUAAGCUUUCUUCUACCAAGGAUUCCCCACAGCCUGUUGAGGAGAAGGUUGGUGCCUUCACAAAGAUAAUAGAAGCCAUGGGAUUCACAGGACCUUUGAAAUACAGUAAAUGGAAGAUUAAGAUUGCGGCCCUGCGCAUGUAUACUAGCUGUGUGGAGAAAACUGACUUCGAGGAAUUCUUUCUAAGGUGUCAGAUGCCUGAUACAUUCAAUUCAUGGUUUCUUAUAACUCUACUUCAUGUCUGGAUGUGUCUAGUCCGAAUGAAGCAGGAAGGCCGGAGUGGGAAAUACAUGUGUCGUAUCAUAGUUCAUUUUAUGUGGGAGGAUGUUGAGCAGCGUGGCAGAAUCAUGGGGGUUAAUUCCUAUAUCCUGAAGAAGAACAUGAUGCUUAUGACAAAUAAUUUCUAUGUGGCAGUCUUGGGAUAUGAUGAGGGGGUCCUUUCAGACGAUCGUGGGCUGGCUGCUGCCCUCUUUCUGUCCUGCGGGGCCACGCAGAGCACGGCCGUCCUUCCUCCACGUGACAGCCCUUCAGAUACGAAGACAGUGAUCGAGUCCUUCCCCAGUCCCCAGCCGCCCUCCCCGCCCCCCGUUCCCCCCCCCCCCCGCCCUGUCCUCUCGUCUCCAGCUUGA